GUUUCCUUUUCCGAAAGUUCAAGUAGGAAGUUGGGGGCUUGGGGGCUGGGGCGUAUGAAUGCGAAUUUCGGAUAUUUAUGCUCUUUGCGUUCUUCGUCAUCAUCUUCUUCUCUAGUUGCGGUGCGUGUCUCCUUCAAAUAUCAGAAUCUAUCGAAGGAAAGAAAAAGGGGGGAAUCUUAAUUCAAAACCCUAGAAUUUGAAACCCUCGAUUAGGAUUAGCUUGGUGAAAGGAACGGAAGAUUACACAGAGGGGCAAGAUGGAGGGUGAGAGCGAAGAACUCAGCAUGGAGGAGCUCGCUUCCAAUCUCUCUACAUACAGAGAACAGCUUGAUAGCGUUCGGCAACUUUUGGCUGAUGAUCCUGACAAUGCUGAAUAUGCAGACAUGGAGAAGGAACUUGGCGAGCUAACAUUCUGGGCGUUGCAGGUCAUUGCUUUAACCGAAGAACUCCUUGAAACUGCAAAGCAGAGUGAGGUCGUUGGAUCAGACAUUGGUGCUGGAAGUAGUGUGUCUCCGACAUUUGGUCAAUCUAAGGAAUUAGCAGACAGCUCUGAUCAAAUCGGGAAAUUUCCUGUGGGCUCUAGAGUUCAGGCUGUGUGGAGUGAGGAUGGAGAAUGGUAUGAUGCGACGGUCGAGGCAAUCACCACCAAUGGCUACUAUGUCGCCUAUGAUGAAUGGGGAAAUAAGGAAGAGGUGGAUCCUGACAAUGUUAGACCAGUUGAAACCAAUGCUCUGGUUGAGGCUGAAAGACUAGCGGAAGCUACAAAACAGGCCAUCAAAAGGAAGAUUGCACAGGCUGCUUCAUCUGAUUACCAGUCACGCACUUUACCAGCAAAGCUUCGAAUACAACCUGAGGAUCCAGAGGAUGUGAAAGUGACAAAGCGGAAGAAGAUACAUGCAUUCAAGUCCAAGGUGAGGGUCGAGCAACUUGAAGUUGCACAGAAUAAACGCCAAAAUGCAUGGCAGCAGUUCCAGACUACUAAAGGGAAGACUAAGAAGAUCGGUUUCUUCUCGGGCAGGAAACGAGAAAGCAUAUUCAAGUCUCCAGAUGAUCCACAGGGUAAGGUUGGUGUGACCGGGAGUGGGAAAGGUUUGACAGAUUUCCAGAGGAGGGAGAAGCAUUUACAUCUCAAGGGUGGAUCUGCAGAAACCGACGAAUAGAGAGUGGUUGCUGUCUUCAGCUGUUCUGCUCACAUGUUGUCUAUUACUCUUGAGUCAAAUACUCCUUAAUAUUCUCUGCGUAUGAGUAAACUGGUGGUGGGAGGCUUUGUACUUAACUGAGAUUCUUGUCUGAUGUGAAUUUGGAUGGCCGUAUGCGUGCUUCCCCACUGAACUUUAGAAAGCCAUGUUGGUUUCUUUGUUUUUGUUUUUUCCAGCAAGAUCAGCCAUUGUCCUUGUUGCCGACAUUUUCAAUGUUGGGGUUUUUCUCGUGCUUCAGAAUCUGCGAUCUUAUUGCUGUGUGGUUGUUAAAGGGUCCAUAUGAGUCCCUCGUUGUGACGGUAACUGUUUAAA